AUGGCCUCUGAUGAAUGCCAAGGGAAAAGUUCGUGGCCGGAGUUGUUAGGAACCAAUGGGGAGACGGCGGAGGCAACAAUAGAGAGGGAGAAUGUUAAUGUGAAUGCUCAGAUAAUAUCGGAUCAAGCAGUUGUUCUCCCAGUUGUUAAUUGCACUAGGGUUUGGGUUAGGGUUAAUACUGAUGGGAUUGUAGCGACGUAAAAAAAAAAAUUAAAAAUUUUGGAGGGGUCGCUAAUUGUGGCGAUUUAGUUAAAGUUUAAAAAACUGAAGUUUGAUUUUGAAGUAAACAGGGAGUCGCCACCGAUCCUUUUUAUAGAUGUGAUCGGACACCUAAUAGAUCUAUUUUUUAAAACAAAAAAAGGCAGAGUUUGGGUCUACGUCGAAAUCCAGAGAAAAAGUAGGGCUCGGGAGUCGGUUACGCACGAGGAAGGUAUUAGCACUCUCGCGACGCCCAAAAUUGGUAUCUCAUAAACAUGUGUUGUCUUGAUUUUCAAAAAUGCAAGUUCAAUAUAAGAUUUAAUCGCGAUCCAAUUGAAAAGAC